CUCCAUCCCCUGUUCUCCGAAAUGGGGAUGCUGGUCAAGGAGGGUGAUGAGAUCGAAUGGAAGGAGACAGCCCGAUGGAUUAAGUUCGAGGAGGAUGUGGAGGAGGGUGGCAAUCGAUGGUCAAAGCCCCAUGUGGCCACACUCUCGCUGCACUCGCUCUUCGAGCUGCGCCGCCUGCUGGUCAAUGGAAGUGUGAUGCUGGACAUGGAAGCGGAUAAUCUAGAGGUGAUGGCCGAUUUGGUCUGUGACCAGAUGGUCAGUGCGGGAACUCUCCCCAGGGUCAAGGAUCGGGUAAAGGAUGCCCUCCUGCGACGCCAUCGGCAUCAGCACGAAUAUGCCAAGAAGACGCGACUACCGAUCAUCAGAUCCUUGGCCGAUAUGCGCAAUCAGUCGUCAUCGAAAAACCUGGGCAAGAGCAGUCCACUGCACUCACUGCAUGGCUCAUCGACUGGCCUGGAUCCCACUGGAGGUCACCACCAGACAUCAUCCCUCUACGUGUCGAGUAAGGAUCAGCGUGGUUGUUAUCUCGCUGUUCCCACAGAGGACAUGGUCAAGAGUCCCAGCAAUCAGUCCAUGGCCAGGCCAGGAAGCGGCACCGAGCUGAACGGCCAGCACAAGGGGAAUACCCAUUUUAUGCGCAAGAUACCGCCAGGAGCGGAGGCCAGUAACAUCCUUGUAGGCGAGGUGGACUUCCUGGAGCGAACACUCUCCUGCUUCAUCCGCCUGAGCACGGCGGCGCUCAUGGGCGAUCUCACCGAGGUGCCAGUGCCCACCAGAUUCAUCUUCAUCCUGCUUGGCCCAGGCAGUCAGAGCAACUUCCAUGAGAUUGGCCGUGCCAUGGCCACCCUAAUGUCCGAUGAGAUCUUCCACGAGGUGGCCUACCGUGCGAGGAAGCGGGAUCACCUGCUGGCCGGUGUGGAUGAGUUCCUGGAUGCUGUCACUGUGCUGCCGCCCGGCGAAUGGGAUCCCACCAUUCGUAUUGAGCCACCGGCUGCCAUUCCCUCCCAGGAGGUGCGUAAGCGACCACCAGAGUUGCCCAAAGAGGAGGUGGACGAGGAGGAGGAGGAGCAGCGUUUGAGGGAGGAGUCCGGUUUGUCCCGGACAGGUCGUCUCUUUGGCGGUCUCAUCAAUGAUGUUAAACGGAAGGUGCCCUGGUACAUUAGGGACUACAAGGAUGCGUUGUCCAUGCAAUGCGUUGCCUCCUGGAUCUUCCUGUAUUUCGCCUGCCUCUCCCCGAUCAUUACGUUCGGAGGUCUCCUGGCGGAGGCCACUGGCAAAAACAUGGCUGCUAUGGAGUCUCUGGUGUCCGGGUUCGUCUGUGGCAUGGGGUAUGGCUUCUUUUCGGGCCAGCCGCUGACAAUUCUCGGGUCCACCGGUCCAGUACUGGUCUUUGAGUCAAUUAUCUAUGAGUUCUGCCUGAAGAUGGGCUGGGAAUAUAUGACUUUCCGGUUCUGGAUCGGCAUGUGGGUCGCCGGCAUUUGCAUCGUCCUGGUCGCGAUUGAUGCCAGUGCCCUUGUUUGCUACAUAACCCGCUUCACCGAGGAGAACUUUGCCACAUUAAUUGCCUUCAUUUUCAUCUACAAGGCCAUUGAGAAUGUGGUCGUUAUUGGAAAGAACUUUCCGGUUAAUCAGGGGAUAUAUGACUGUGUCUGUACCCCGCCAAUUGGGAGCAAUGCCAGUGUGGUGGAUUAUGCCAAGUAUAAUUGGGAUUAUUGUGAGUCCUACAACGGCACCCUGGUUGGCGGAGAUUGCGGAACGCCACCCACCGAGAACGUCUUCCUGAUGUCGGUGGUUCUCUGCACCGGCACCUUCAUAAUCUCCACCAUCCUAAAGGAUUUCAAGAACGCCCUGUUCUUCCCCUCCAUUGUCCGGCAGUAUAUUAGUGACUUUUCCGUGCUGAUCGCAAUCUUUGCCAUGAGCUUCUUUGACUAUUCCUUGGGAGUGCCCACCCAGAAGCUGGAGGUUCCCAAUGAGCUGAAGCCCACGCUGAGCACCCGUGGCUGGCUAAUCCCACCGUUCUCGGAGAAGAAUCCCUGGUGGUCACCAAUCAUUGCCGUCUUUCCUGCCCUGCUUGGAACGAUCCUGAUCUUUAUGGAUCAACAAAUCACUGCGGUUAUUGUGAAUCGUAAGGAGAACAAGCUAAAGAAGGGCUGCGGUUACCAUCUAGAUCUGUUUAUCCUGUCCAUUCUGAUUGCCAUUUGCAGUUUAAUGGGUCUGCCUUGGUUCGUGGCUGCCACUGUGCUGAGCAUUAAUCACGUGAACUCACUGAAGCUGGAAUCUGAGUGCUCGGCUCCUGGCGAGAAGCCACAGUUCCUGGGUGUGCGCGAGCAGCGGGUAACCCACAUCCUGAUCUUCCUGACCAUUGGUGUUUCGGUGCUCUUGACCCCGCUGCUCGGUCACAUUCCCAUGCCGGUUCUAUUCGGUGUCUUUCUGUAUAUGGGAGUGGCCUCGCUCAAGGGUUUGCAGUUCUUUGAUCGCAUACUAAUCAUGUUCAUGCCGGCCAAGUACCAACCGGAUUAUAUGUUCCUGCGACAGGUUCCCAUCAAACGUGUCCACUUGUUCACCAUCAUUCAGCUGGCCUGUCUUAUUAUUCUCUGGCUGAUCAAGUCCUUCUCCCAGACCUCCAUCCUGUUCCCCCUGAUGUUGGUGGUGAUGAUUGGCAUUCGUAAGGCCCUGGAUUUGGUAUUUACUCGUCGCGAGCUUAAGAUCCUGGAUGACAUAAUGCCGGAGAUGACGAAGAGAGCGGCGGCAGAUGAUCUGCACAAACUGGACGCUGAGGACAAUCACCAUCAGCAUCCCCCGGGAGCUGGUACUGGGACAAACUACAAUGCCAAUCAAUCGGGUCCAACCACCAUUCACAUUCCCCUUUCGGGAAAUAAGCCCGGCAGCGGUAACAGCAACAAUGGACCCACAGUGAACAUUCCCCAGGAUCGAUCUACAGUCUGGCAACAGAUCAGCAAGGAUGGCAAUGGCAUCUCGGAUCAAUUGAUUAUUCCUGUCACCGUUAAAGUUCGUCAAAUCAAUGGCAAUCAUGCGCCCCCGAAUGCCACUCUUUCGCCACGCCUAUCGCCCAUGCACGAGGCGGAUGAGUACAGUGAAGCCAUGACGAAUCCUGCAGGAGCACAGCUGCAGCAGCCACAACAAAUCAGCAAUUGCAAGGAGGCGGCUGCCAGGCUAGAGGGAUCCUCCUCCUCCAUGGUCAACAACCAGGUGCCGGGUCCAGCCAACAUAACGCCAGUUUAAAAAGGAUUCACAGGAUGAACAAAAGCAUAAAAAAAGAACCCACGCACAAAACACACACAUCUAUAUAUAUUUGUAGUUGGUCAUUCACAGCCGCCGUAUCAUAAUCUCUAUUUACUAUAAUCUCUAAUACCGUAGAAGUUUUUCCAAAGGACGUUUUUUAGCUGUGCCAGUAGAGGGUUGUUUGCAUUUGAGUUUUUUUGGGGGCUCAGGUACCAGUUAUAUACAAGUAUUACUUAUUUUAUAAAACAACAAACAACCAAAACCAUUCCAAAUAUAUACACUUUUGAAACGAAUUUUAUAGUGUCAAUUCCGCAGACAAAGACUAGAGUAGCAAGGAGAAGCCACAGAACAGAAUCUCCAUCGGUACUCCGAUGUUUUUCCACCUACACAUUUUCCUACUAUUCCCAGACUUUGACUUGGUUAGCUAUAUGUGGGGUUUUAUUAAACUGUGAUCUGAUGGUAUAUA